AAGAUGCUUCUCUUAUGGGUAACAAUAAAACAGAGUCUUGCAGAUUUUGGUUUUCUGGUUGUGGAUGUUUUCACAGCUGGUAAAAGGGAGAGCUUUCAAAGAACUCUCAUCCUCCUCCUGACCUGCAGCUCCUCCAGCCUGCUGCUCAACACCCUGCUUUUCCUCUACCUUCUCUACACCCUGGACUAUGACAAAGCAGUGGCUGGAGGGAUUGCAGGCUGCUUUGGAGCAUUGCUUACCGGCGCUCUCUUCUUAUCAAAGAGAAUAAGAUGCUUAGGGACUCUCUUUGUGAUCUCUAUUUUCAUGAAGAAGAGUCGGAGCUUGCUGCUUACUGCUGGGACCAGUUUGGUAGUUCUCCAAAACAUCCGCAGCACCUUGGAAAACCUCACAGGCCUCCUCAGGAGCAUGAUUUGCAACCUCAAGGCAAAGAAGUCUGCCAUCACAGCCCCUUUCAGUAACUAUGUCAAUAUGUUGAAGUGGAUAGGAAACAUGCUGAAAGGGAUUACAGACCUGGGAGUUGUGAACUUUGACUCCAAGCUGAAGGUUUCACCAAGACUGGAAUCAGAAAAAUUCCGUGAGAAACUAAGUGAAGCGGAGCAUCAGCUGAAUGAGACCGUGAAAUUUGCACAGUCCCUGGUGAAAACAGUGUCCUCUGUGGCCGACAGGAUAUUUCCUGCCGUCAGCUUCCUCGUGCUCAUGAUGUUCAUAGCCUUGCACAUAAGAAAAUACCGUAUUGACAUGAAAUAUCAAAACAGGUAUAUCGGCGGCAGAUUUGUCAGUUUUGACGAGAAGCAGAAGGCCGAAGGAAAGCCCCACCUCCUCCCCCUCACACCAGAGGAGGGGAAGCUGUACACAGCUAUCCUCUCCGCCCGGCCCACCGCCAGGGAGAGGAAAGCUGUUCUCAAGUUUGGUGCUUCAAUUGUUUUCCAUUUUGUGACUUGGGUCAUAUUUAUAACUGUGGAUGCUUUAUUGUACUUCUUUGUGGAUAUUAUAACAACAAAGUUAUCUGAGCUGGAACCCUUCAAUGUCCCCCUGUUGAUGAGCAUCAAAGGGAUUGCGACAUUAAUUGGUUUACCCCUUAGUGAGGAGAGUCAUCAAAAAGACUUCUCCUUCUCUGUGACCUUGUUCGAGAAGAAGUGCCUUCCUAAACCCAAGCUGCUGCUCUAUAACUCCAUAUUUCCACUGGCUGUCAUUCUGCUUGUCCUGCUCAUUAUGGCCCUGGUGGCUGCCAAAGUGACCCAGCUCAGGCUGAUGGUCUGUGAGCGAUUCUUCUCCACCGCUGCGGAGGAGAGAGUGGCGUACCUUCACGCAGAGAUCCUGCGGAAGAGAUUGAAAAGGAGGAAGGAUAAAAACAACUCUAGCCUCAGAUCACUAAUUAUUAAGCCUCGUUUCUGGUGCCCGCUGCUCUUUCGACCCAAACAGAAUCCACAAAGUGUCGUGUGAGGACAUCAGGAUACUACAGCCCUGCUCAUGGCUCUGGGGAUGGAAAUGUUAUUGUUUUGGACAGGUGGACCGAAGGCCACUGGAUGGACACAUUUUAUUCUGAAACAAUUCUAAUGACUUUGUGAUAGUCUGCCUUUUCCUCCCUGUACCACCAUGAGGAUGACGUUUCGUUUUUCGAUAUAAAUAACUCUACAAGUUGGGUGGAUGGACAUGAAAAGUGGCACAGGCUCCAUUCAUGGUGUCCAAAAAUGAAUCUGGCCUUUUGUAGACCAACAGCAGGAGGUCAGUGUUUUCUCUUAUCCACUGUGCAAUGUUGAUUUGUUGCCUCAUAUUAUUAACUUGUAUUUGCAUGUCAUGAACUUAACAGAGGGAGGUAUAUGAAAUAAUAUAUUCACUGUUAUAGUCAUAUUGUAAUUGAGUGUACAGCACUUCAA